AUGGCAGCUUCGCCCCAAGCCGCUACCAUCACGUCGAUGAUUGGGAAGUUGGUCCCGGAUCGACGCGACCGACAGGAGUACACUGCAAGACGGGAAUUCGAUGCACCUCUGGAGAUCGGAGAUCCUCUCAACAGGUGUCGGCGGAUGCUCUUCCGAGGUCGGUCGGUGAAGCAAAGCCCUGGCGAGAGACCCGAUAGACCCGGCGCUCCUUCGUACCCGGCGCCCAGACGUCUUGGUUAUGGGCCCCGUCAGCUGAGAAUCGAGAUUGACGAAUCGGUCGGUUACUUGCAUGUACGUACUUGUAAUUGGCCAACUGGCUAUUCGAAGCCCAGAGUUUCCUUCGCUCUGCGCUUAGAUUCAAAGCUCAUUCGGUCGUCUCGGUUCCCAACAGAGUUCGGCAGCCAAAAUGCCGCUCCCAAAGCUUUUUUGCUGGACUCUUAUGGGCGAUUUCUGAUCCAAUUGGUACAAAAGCGUAUCGCUCCACGCUCUACUCAGGCUUUCCCAUCAAUAUCAUACAAGGAGGCACAAAGGCUCAAGGCACAUCAAACUCCACUCAACACCCCUGAUGACAAGAAUGAGAGCUCGUCCAGGUAUUGCAUUGUAGUCGAGUCAAUAAAGUUAGCACAUCUCAAUCUGCAGACAUCAACACUUACUGGUGGUAUUACCGCUGCCCAAGCUGAGGAUGGCGACAAGGCGCUCAGUCGAGGCUCCACUGGAUAUCCCUACUCUUGCAUACGGAGUAUUCAGCCUCAGGGAAGGGAAGACGAAAUGAUCGACGACGACGGCCACGGCCGGCCGCAGGCAGACGAUACGGAGCAGACAAUGGACAAUGCCCCUUUGUACCAUUCCAAUGCCAGCGUUCCCGAAAAGAUUUCAGCUCCGAAGCUCACUGGACCGGACUCGACCGCCCUGGACCGCCCUCACUCUUCACCUCAAGAAUAG